UCGACGGCGAACCCCUGUUCUCAGCUGUCUCCCAACCUCAUCAACCGUUUAGUCUAUCGAAAAUCCUAUAUUUGCCAUCGCGCGUAAAAAUAAGCGUGUUCAAAACAUCUGCGGGGCGAUCCUGUCGCGAAAGCGAACGUUUGCGAAUGCGAAUGCGCUUUGCGCUGACGCUAAGUGAUCAAUUACGAAUGAAGGCGUCGUAAAGAAACACCGUUUUGCAAGAACGAAUAGAUUGCCUUCGGGUGACCAGUUGGGCGUUUGGUCAACUCAGAUCUGCUCAGAAUAAGGUCGCAGCCCGAAAGAUAGGCGUUCUUGACAGCCGUUGGCUUCGGGACGCAACCCGAGUGAGCGCGUCACCUGCAUUCUCGGGGCCCCCAACCUUUUCGCAGCUUGGUUUCUGCACCUCCAAAGCACCGGGAACCAGCGCAGCCAACCUGCGGUACGGCUUGCGUCCAAUACAAGGACCCACAGCUAUUCACUCACUCACCGAUCUGAAACGCACGAUGGCAACCGUAUCGGAACAAUGGACGCAACUUCUCGAUCGAUGCCUCCAGCGUCGCGUACGCAGGGAGCAAUUCCACAGCCUUGCUGAUCAGCUGUAUCGCAGGACACCGAUCAUGAGUGCCAAGCUGUCCGAUAUGCUCAUCACUCGUCAAGAGCUCACCCCUGACAUGUUUGAUCCUCUCCUGUCUGUAUAUGUUGAGACCCUUCUUGAACACGGUCGAAUCAAUUCAGCGGACCUUCUCGCAGCUCUAUACAGGCACUCAAAGUCUGCAAUCAAACCGGAAUCUCGGGACCUCGAUUCAACUGAGAAAAAAGAGAACAAGGUAUACAAUACUGCGGAGUUCGAGUCGGCCGUUUUCGAUAUGCUCACGCGAGCAUACCUGCCAGACGGAGGACGGCCGAAGACGCAGGACGAAACCCGCAUCGCGCUCGUGCUUCUUAGUGAGUGGCUUGAAGCAAACAUCUCUAGGGGCACGAGCCUUGCAGAUGAGUCUGACCACCAGGUGCUUGUGGAGGCAAUGUCAGUCAUCGAGUCCUUCGGCGCACUCUCCAUCGCCAUGCUCGAGAACGCCAGGGUCGCUGGCGUGAUCGAUGUCAUGCUCUCAAGAGACACGAAGAAAAAGCUGGCUCAAGGCUUGACGUCCUUCGUACAGUUCUGGGCUACCGCAGCUCCUCAACACGCUGCGAACGCAGCUCGACUCGAUUCUGCCCAGAAGAAUCGCGGCCUCGUUGAGGACUCGGAAACCGAGCCGCAGGAUGCCGCUCUGGAUGUCGCUACUGCGAUGCAAAUUGAAGCCAUUGUAGAUAUGCAGAUGGUGCAUACGCGUCCUCAUACCUUUGUGUUUCUCAACGCAUUACUGACCGGUUGUCCGCUGACCGACGAGAGCAUGAUGAUGAACUACUUACAUACACGUUAUGGUGGCGAUGCUCAGUCAUUGACUAUGGACCUGAUCUUUGCGGCAUUCGACACUUUGGCUGCUGCAGCGGAACGCUCUGACCCUCACCAUUCGAUGUUUUCGUUGAAGUCGUUUCUUGUUAACAAGGUUCCCUUACUCUUGUCCACAUUGUCGGGAUCCCUACUGGCCCCAGAGCUUGUUAUACAACAGGCGCUCUCACACGUUGACAUCAAUGUCUUUCCUACUGUAGGGCUAGGCAUGCUGCAAAGCAACACAGCUUUACAAGAUACCAGACAGGACUUCGUAUAUGCUUGUAUACUUCAUGGAUUGCUCACGGCAAACAGUGUAGGGCGCCUACUUGGAGAAUCAACUUUCGACUCUCCUCCUUCACCAUCAAGUCGUUUGCAUAAAGACAUGUUGUCCCAACAGUGUGCCAAUGAGCCAGGCAAAGUGGUGCAGCUGAUUGCCGAUCUUGAGAAGCUUGAUGGGAAUGCCGGUGCAAUCAUCGGGGCUGUGGUCGAAGCUAUACGUACAGCCUGCGCUACGAAAGACACAAUGUCCUUGAAAUCGAUCUGCAAUGCGUUCGCGGGCAAACCGCAUUUCUUGGAUGCCAUGUUGCAGUUCACAUCUCCUGCAAGUAUUCUGCAGCCCCUGUGCCAGCUUCUCGAGACUUGGAAGUAUGAAGAUGAUCAAGGCGAAUCUCAACCCGUGUAUGACGAAUUCGCUUCGGUGUUUCUGCUUGUGCUCACAUUUGUGUACCGAUAUGGUUUCUCACACGCAGAGGCCGGCAUGCCAAAGGAGGCAUUCGUCUUUCGAUACGUAGCUCAGAACCAUCAGGAACAACUUUCGAGCCAGAUGACCGAGGAACAGUCACGGCAUCUUGGCAGCUGGGUGAAGGGUCUCUUUGAUCCAGAUGGUAUCACAGAAGAAGUCACUGCUUCGUGUCAACCACAACAAUUUUAUUUACUCGUUCCGACCAUAUUCAGCCAGACUAUUCUUGCGUGUUCAGCGGGCGUGUUGAGCUUAGAUACCAUUAAAACCGGGCUCGAGUAUCUGCAGGAGCCAUUCCUACUUCCAUCUCUUGUUGGCGCCAUACAUUGGAUUACCACUUACGUGCGUGAAUAUCCAGGUGUAAAUACGGAUAUUAUCAUCCAGAUUCUACAGAGAGUCACUCGAGCGCCAUCAUCGGGUGAAGCACAGGCUAUGCACACGUCUAUCAUGGGCAUAGUAUCUCUGCCACUCGUCCACUGUCUUCGCACCUUGCGCAAGAUCAACUCCAAACGCGUAGAUGUGGACCCCAUGCUUCAAAGCUUAAAGCAAUAUGGUGACUUCAUCCGGAGUCCUUUCGGGCCCUGCACCUCAAUUGCAAUGUACUCAUUGCCACAAGGCGUGAAAUCAGCGGUCAAAAGCGCAUUUCAGGGGCUCAUCAAUUGGAAUCUGCAAAUAACAACUUUGAAUCCCGCGCAGCUACCGCCACCAUAUCAGCACCGAGUCAUGCUCAUAGCUGAGCACCUCAUCGGCGCAACAGAAAUGCUUUCAGUCCUGCUUGCCGAAAUCAAGGAACAGAGUGAAAAUGCAGCUGGUGCUGCGGCCGUAGCUCUUGACAUUGCGACAGCCAUAGUCUGCGCGCCAAAGGCAGAAAACAGCCCCAUUGAAAUCGCUUGGCCAACGAGCCCCGUUCCAGCACAGCAUCCGUACCAAAACAAGCGGCUAAAUCUUCGAGAGGCGCUUUCGCUGCAGAAUGAACGCGUGGCAGAUAUUAUCAAGAAAGACCAGUCGCUUGCCGAAACGAUCGUCCGAUUGCAUCGCCGUGUCGAAGCCCAAUGCGCCAUCGGCACUGCUCCACUCCCAGAUCUGACGGGCCAGCUGCCACCGCAAGAUGUACAGCAGAUGCUCGACUCUAUCACAACACAACAGAACACAACUCAACAGCAACCUGCCUUAGACUUGACUCAGGAUUCUGGCCUCACUGCGGACCUAGGCUUGAAUGGCGCAGAUUCUAUGCAGCUUGACUUUAGCGUCGGUAACGGAGGUGAUGGUGGAAUGGGUGGACUUCUUGGAGGAGGAGAAAGCAUGAAUCCUGACGACGACGUCUUUGGAGAUUUGGAUCUGGAUCUGAGCAACAUGGAGAGUUUAGAUAUAGACUACGGCUUUUGACCAGGAAAGAGUCUUGUUGUAGAUGUUCCACAAAGUUUUUUGUGUUUGGCAAUCAGUAUGUGAUAUGACAAAGCGGUCUCACCGACUGUCCUUUCCGCCAUGAAAAGGGCAAGC